AUGAUCUCUUGCAAUGAUUUUGCAAAGUUUUUUGCAGACCAAGUCUCUCUAAUUCCAGAAGAAGUAGACUCCACCGUGGAAGCAGGGCGUGAGAGUGCUAAAGUCCUGUCUAGUCAAGUUGUGUGGGAUCAAUUCCAAUCUGUUACCCCCGAGGAUGUGGACAGGCUGCUUGGACGAGUGAAACCAACCACUUGUCUCCUUGAUCCUUGUCCAUCCUGGCUUAUAAAAGCUGGCCGGGAAGGACUGAGUGAUGGGCUUCGUGGGGUGGUGAAUGCUUCCCUCCGUGAGGGAGCUUUCCCAGACCCAUAUUUAGAUACGGCCACGAUGGCCAAGUAUCGCCCAGUCUCAAAUCUUCCAUUCUUGGGCAAGGUGAUUGAGCGAGUGGUUGCUGAACAACUCCAGACUCUUCUUCUGGGGUCUCCUUCCAUUUGGGAGGGGAGAGAUUUUCUAGGAAAAGGAGAUUUCUGAGUCAGUAAAAAGGACUCAGAUGAUCCCCUGGGUCUGGAAUACAAAGGAAAAUACCUCGGGAGUGCGACUGCUAAGACAGAGGGGAACCGAGGAAAAGUGGCCCCUCGCUCAUGGACCAAAGUAUGAAGCCAUGAAGGAAGCUGGGCUGUCCUGUCAUAACUAAGGAAGGGAAUGAGAGAAGCAGCAGAAACAGAGUCCAGCCUUUUAGCAUUUAUUCUGGAUACCUGAAGUGUAACAACUGAUUAUGAGAGGAGGGAGUUUAAGAGAAGCUGUGUCUGUACAGUGGUACCUCUGGUUAAGUCCUUAUUUUCUUCUGGAGGUCUGUUCUUAACUGGAAACUGUUCUUAACCUGAAGCACCACUUUAGCAAAUGGGGCCGCCGGAGCAUGAUUUCUGUCCUCAUCCUGAAGCAAAGUUCUUAACCCGAGGUACUAUUUCUGGGUUAGCGGAGUCUGUAGCCUGAAGCGUAUGUAACCUGAAGCGUUUGUAAUGCAAGGUGCCACUGUAGUACCUUGUUUAAUCCUGUGACAUUUAGCUGAAGUAAUAAGUUAACGUCUACUUGACAGAGGCCUUCCAGAAUCUGAUUCAGAGCCAAAUUUGGAGACAUAUGUCACACAGACAAUUUCAGAAUGGAUGGGAGAAAGUAAAGAUUGGUUGGAUGGGCUUUCAGAGAGCUGUUUCAGAAUUAGAUCACGUGAAAAUUGAGAACGGAGGCAGCCAGGAGAUGUUUGAUUAACAGUAGUAACAAAAAGAGUGAAAGACGCAAUCCUUCAGAACAGUUUUUGAAAAAAAUCAUGUGGUUGCCGAACAGAAAGUAGAUAUCUUUAGAGAGAUUCCACUGAAAUUGAGACUUAGAAGAACCAAAUAUAGAUAUUUAACAAUAGCACUCAGAAGAGCUGACCUUAGAUAUAAAUGGGAAUUCCCAGAGGGCAUUUGCUUUACAUACACGAAAAGGAGAUACAGGCUAACAUCAGAAUUUCAGAGAGUCCUUUGACAAAUACAGGAGAGACUUAGAUUCCAACUGCUGAAAGGCACAUACAGUAUUCUGUUAGAAUGGGAGACGAAAGAGUGUGUUUGUGUGUUUUUACAAUCAAGCAAUGUAUACAUUUUAUGAAAAUUACAAUACAUCAUAACAUCAUAUAACAUAAGCAGGAGUUAUAAAAAAAAUUAAUAAAAUAGCGCACUGUCUUUCAGGUUGUGUCUUCCUGGAGUUCCACACCUCUGCUGGGUGGAGAGGAAAUGGUCUCUCCUCCUUCAUCUCAGCUCCACAGCAGUUCUCUCAAAAAGACUUGGCACUCCAGAAGGCGGAACUCAGAGCCCUUUAUAACAUAAAAACAAGGAACUUAUAGUGCUGCGGAAGUAGUAGUAGUAGUAGUAUUUAUUCAAUUUAUAUACCAACCUUUAUCAGAAUAUCCCAGGGCGGUGUACAACAUUAAAAGGACAAUACAGAACAACAAUGAUAAAAACAUACUAAAAAGCAUCCUGUGAGACAGCCGAGUAAUGCAGCACUCCUUCUAAAACUUGAGGGAGACUCACUGCUCACCUGCUUUUACGGCCACUAUGGGGCUGUGGUGAUUCAUCCAAGGGAGGCUCCUCUGCUGGCCCCCCGAAGAUUCUGACAUCGUCCACUCUUUCUCCUGUCACCCACAGCCAUAGAAUAUGAAGAGAGUGGUCCUCCCAAACUCUGCCUGCCCUCCAACAUGUUGCAGAGGGAAAUUGGGACCUGCGACUUUUGGGGCCACGCUCCUGAAUGAGUCACGUAAAUCACGCGAGAGCAAGGACCCCCCAAAAUGGGCGACUUUUGGGGCCACAGUUUCACGGGAGCCAAAACAGGACAUCCUGGGAGCCAGUCAGAAGUCAGGGUGGCUUCUGGAAUUGCAGGACGUCCCACUCAACGCAGGACAGUUGACAGGUAUGUGAAGACCGCCAAAGAUGGAGAGUCCACAACCCAUAGUGCAGGCACCCCCAAACUUGGCCCUCCAGAUGUUUUGGGACUACAACUCCCUUCAUCCCUAGCUAACAGGACCAGUGGUCAGGAAUGAUGGGAAUUGUAGUCGCAAAACAUCUGGAGGGCCGAGUUUGGGGAUGCCAUAGUCAAUAUGGCUGCCUUUCCCACUGGCUGAGAUGCUUCUGCCCAUUUCAUCUGCUUAGCCAAUCUAGAUAUUCAGGGCCAACAGGUCCCACCCCUGCCUCCAGCAAUCUCUUUUGUUACACUCAAUGGGUGUUUGGUGGAGGGCAAGGGGAACCAUGGGGCCUCACUUAACUUGCCAAAUAUUCCAAAAGGGCAUCACCCGCCACUAUAUAAACCCUCUCACCCCGGUAGCAGCAAUGAGGUGGUACAGCGUUCAGGUGAUAAGAGUGUGUCCCUGCUUUGGGAGGGGGAACACAGCCCCCCAGCAAAGUUUGGAGGAUGAGCCAGAGGUAUAGCCGGACAUUGGAAGGCAAACUGUUGCAGGAAUUUAUGUAUAAUUGGGGGGGGGGGGUUGCCCCUGCAGCAGAUAUCAUGCACAUGCAGCCCACCCCCAAAAUCAGCACCAUCACUUUUGUGACGUUUGUGACUUGUCCCCACAAAACACUUCAUCACAGUUUCUUCCUAUCUGCUCAAAGGGCCUCUGCUGCACAAUACCAAAUGUAAGAAUUCACUGAUAAAGGUAUCUGUGUACUGGCUCACUGGGAAAACUUCAGAAAUUCAUAUAGACAUGUGAGCUCAGCUACUCAGCAGCCCCUCUGCCUGAGUGAUAAUCCCUGACAUCCUGAUACCUGAGUGCUGGACAGGUUGCCAUUCCCAAAAUAACAAACCCAGACGAAGACAAAGGGUGUGAUUGACUUCGCUGGGAAACAGGGAAAUGUAAAUAUCUAUUUUGUUACACUCCAUGUGUGUUUGGUGGAGGGCAAGGAGAACCAUGGGGCAGGGUCCAGGAUGCUCAGAUUACUGCCACCAGACUUCCCCUUAACAUGAUGUAUGAGUGAUGUAGUUUGGGGGGUGUAACAUGGGGAUUAGCAGCUAAUAAAAGUUUGGGUUCUCUUUUGUUUGGGGCUUCCAUCUUGUUCCACCUGGUGUCAGGUGGGAGUCCUGCCAUGACAGUCUUCAAGAGAGACCAAGCCAACUGGCAGCUGUUUUGCUCUGCUAUUCCUGGCUGGUGUCCUUGGUUUUUGUCCAAGGGAACCCUCAGAUUUCUCCAUUAACAAAACGUAAUGUGUAACAAAACAAAAUGUGCACUUUCCUGCAUUUUGCAGCUCAGCAAUGUGUAGUCCCAGGAGAAGCAGGAACAGCGUGUCUUCCUGUUCCUCCCUCAGCUGAGAUCUGCCUGGAUGGAGACCUGAGAGCCUUCUUCCUUAGAGGUUUUUAAGCAGAGAUUGGAUCCUUUGGCUGAGAUUCCUGCCUUGCAGGGGGGUUUGAAUAGAUGACCCUUAGGGCGCCCUCCCAUUCUAGGAUGAGGUUCCUUGCUUCCUGCAACCCCCUUUUCCCUGCAACCUUUUCCUCCAGUUUCUGGCCAAGGGAGGGAGCAGAUCACAGACCAACCAAGAGCGUCCCCUCAAAAUGAGCAUCUCUGGGAUUCUGCAAUGCAGGAGAGAAAAGGCAGAGAGGAAUGAGCAGGGUGGACUCGGCUUUGCAAGGGUUAAAGGAAACUAAGCUGCAUUCCUAGAAAGGACAGGAAAUAAGGGGGGGCAGGACCUCCAGAGGAAAAACCCUCCCUCCACUUCCUGCAAGGGGGGGGCGGGGUUGCUUUCUGCUAUUGCAAAGGCUGCUUUGCUCUCUUCCACGGGGAUCUGGUGAGUUUCCUCUCUCCAUCCCCCGAGGGUGCAGUGGGGAGAAGGUGGGGGUCCCAGGGAGCAGGGGAUCCUGCCAGGGAGGGGCGAGGUCGCAGGAACUGUCUCCUUCCCUUAGAUCUUUGUGGGGGGGGGGAAGGGAGGAGGUUCCCGCCCCCCUUCCAGAAGAAAAAAUAUUCAGAGCCCCCUGGGAAAUCUAGCAGAUAGAAAUCUAGCUUCUGUAAAGAAGCUUAUCAGUAGGACUUCUGCUGUGUGUGACACGGGUCAGCGUCAUUGCACAACAGAGGAAACAUGUCAUUGCACAACAGAGGAAACGUGUGAAUGGUUGCUCCCAAACCUCUUCGUUCGUUUCCCUCCUUUCUUUCUGCUUCUACCGCCCCCUUAUUGGCAGAGGAGGCCAGCCAAGCAGAUCAAGCCAAGCUUUAUGAGGAGCUGGGUAUGUUUAGUUGGAGAGGAGGAGACAGAGAGGAGAUAGGAGAGCCAUGUCAGAUUAGAUAAUUUAUUACGGUCAGAGACCAGCUUAUAAAACACACUUGGGAGUACAGUCACAGAAGCAAAACAGGCAAUUUAUGUACAACAACAAAUUAAAAAACAAUGUACACCAACAAACUAUCCCAGGGAGUUGACUCAGAGUCACCCAUGAAACCAAGUUUGGGGAUUUUCAUGAUGGACUAUUUUGAGUUGGGAGAUGGUCUGCGCCUACAGAUCUGUACACAGAAUCUGGCGACCAUCCAGGUCAUCUUCUGAUCUUUGCCUAACAGGAAAAGGUCUCAUUUUUGCUUUUGCAGGAGGUCAGCGAGCCGCACCAGCAGGGGAUCAAUGGUCUUACUACGUGUCUCUUCGUAAAAGGGACGUCUAAAGAACAAGUGUUUUGGCUUCCUAUCUCUCCCAAUGGACAGGUGAAAAGUCUCUGAGCAUACGGGACUUUUCUAGAAGCUCCGUCCAGGACCAGCGAGGGAAGAGCCGAGCUUCUGGCGAGUGUAAAGGCCCUUCUUGCAUUUCUAGAUGCGAGAAAGAAGAGAUAUUCUGCCGGUGCGGCUAUAUAUUUCUCGAUUUCUCCAAUUUUAUGGUCGGAGCACCUUGCGCAGUCCUGUUGUCUCUCGGUGUCUAAUAUUCUUUGCCUGACUGUAACUUUGGCCUGGCCCAAGCCCAGACUUAGAAGGGCUUGAGGGGCAAAACCCAGUUUCCGGAGGGUGUUCAGGACUGCAGUCUGCCAGCCCGACUGGAAUUGGUCACAGAGGAUCAAUGGGGCUAUCCCUCUGGGGAUCAGAUACAAUGUCAGCCAUUUGUAGAUUGAUGUUAGGCAGAUGCUAGCCUCCACUCUCAUCAUCCCCGUUUCUAAUCUAACCCAUGCGUUUGAGACACAUCUGGGCACUUGGAGGAGAGCUCUAAGAAGUCUAGAUUGAACUCUCUCAAGGGGGGAGAAAGCCGAGGAACGCGGGCGCAAAAAGGAACCAUAAAGGAGUUGUGCCAAAGUUUUGGCCUUGUAUAGUUUUAGAGCUGCGGGAACGAAGAAGCCCCCUUGUGCUCUGAAAAAUUUAAGGAUACAAUUUGCGGGUUUUUCCGCUGAACUCCCGAUGGAGUUUAUGUGUAGUUUGUUGGCUCCUGAGGCCUAUACCACCAUUCCUAGAUACGUAUAGUUUGUGACUUGUUCUAAUUUAUGGCCUUGGAGUUCCCAGCUUUUAAGCUUUGGUUUUUCCCCAAAGCGAGUAUCUUGGUCUUUUGAUAGUUGAUUUUGAGACAUUCAAAUUCACAGUAUGCUGCGAGCUUUCUUAGUGCUCUUUUGAGUCCAAUGGGGGUUCUAGAUAAAAUUACUGCAUCAUCGGCAUAUAGCAGGACCGAAAUAUGCCGAUUUGUGAGCUUCGGAGGGUGGAGUUCGGAGUCAUGGAGUGCAGAUACUAAAUUAUUUAGAUAGAAAUUGAAUAGUAGAGGGGCCAAUAGGCACCCUUGCCUGACUCCUUUAGAGGUUUUAAUAGGGUCCGUUAGGUGUCCUAGGCGGCUACACCUGACUCUAAGAGCCGUGUUUGCGUGCAGUGCCUGAAUUAAGAGCAGAAGCUCAUAAUUCUAUGUAGGUACCCUGUAGUCUGUCCCAGAGUCUGGUUCUGGAGACUGUAUCAAAGGCUGCUUUUAGAUCAACAAAGGCAGUGUACAGUGAGGCCGGCCUUUAGGAGAGCCAUGUCACCUGGGCGCAGGAUUCCAACCAAUGGCUUCAAGCUACAAGAAAGGAGAUUCGGACUCAACACACCUAGUCAUUUUUCACUAGGAACCAAUGACUCCCUUGUCAAUCAGUUCUGACUUCAUGCAUUGACUGGAAGGAAGGAGCAACCAGGCUGAUUCGCCUCAAAUUAAUCUCUUCGCUUGCCUCCACAUUUCCACAAUCUCCCUUCUAGAGGCCUACAUCAUCUCCUCCUCCUCCUCCUCCUCCUUUUUAGAAAGAUAGCUCAGAGUCUGGGCUGUGGUGCAAUCCUACCCUGGUUCCCUCCAAGACUCAUCCAUGCUUGCUCAGGGAACCUUUUUCUUCUCCUGAUACUGUACAACUUUUGUAACAGAACAAUGUAUUUGCUUUGUAGGAUUUGCGAGAGCUUCUCAUUCAGACAGACAGAACUUGGCAGAAGACCAAAAGGUUCCUUCCAAUCUCUUAGAGGCUUCCUGAGAGCACAGAUGGAUGAGCAAGACUCAGCUGGCCCUAGAGCAGGAAGAGGCCAUGCAAUCCAAACUGGGAGCAGUGGGGGAUUCUGGGAAAACCCUGUGCAGAAGAUCCUGGGUGAGGAGGACACCCUCCACUCAGAGGUGCAGAGCCAGCAGUUAAGGCAGUUCUGCUUCCAGGAGGCCAAAGGACCCCGAGAGGUUUGCAGCCAACUCUACCACCUUGAUCAUCAGUGGCUGAAGCCCGAAAGGCACACGAAAGCUGAGAUGCUGGACCUGGUGAUCUUGGAGCAGUUCCUGGCUGUCCUUCCACCGGAGAUGGAGAGCUGGGUGAGGGACUGUGGAGCAGAGACCAGUUCCCAGGCAGUGGCCCUGGCCGAAGGUUUCCUCCUGAGUCAGGCAGAGGAGAGGAAGCAGGCAGAGAGAAAGCAGGUGAGAGAGACCUUCCUCUGGAUACUCCCAAGGGGCUCCAAACAGGAUGGAGAACAUCCAAAAAUGGUCUGCUGAUGGCCCAUCCUUUUUCGGGGAAUGAGGUCUAACACCCUUAAAGUAUCUGUAUGUGUUGUUCUCUUUCUAAUAUUUCUCACCUUUCAUUUACUGUUUUGAAUUCGUAUUGUUCUUUCAGAAAAGGGAUCAUUUUGCAGAAAUGGACCUGGAUUCCUGUGAGGCAGAGAGGCCUCCGUUGGACACCAGAGAGAGGCCACUGGGUAAGGAGGAAGGUGGUUUUUCUUUGUUUGGUCUCAUUCUGUUGGUUUUCAAACUCGUCUGAGGGUUCUUUUCAUCUUGGUUUUUUUUUGUUUUUUUUUUGAGGGGUGGGGGUUGGGAACAAGGGUUCAGAGGAGGGGAGACGUAUUUCUGCACACCUAACAUGAAAUGGGCACAAACCUUCAACUGCACUCAGCAGGUAAGGCUUUCUCAAAUCCCAUCUGUAGUUAGAGAUGUCCUGUUUCCCCUGUGAGAGAAGCAGGCCCUCCUGGCAUCCUGCUUACCUUUUUUUCUUUUGCAGGUGAAAGAAUGAAGCCAGCAAGACCUCCUGAUCCAUCUUUUCAUGGGGGCAGAAGGGAAGCAGUGGCUGUGGAACCAGAUCAGGUAUGGGGAAGCUAUCCUGUGUGGACAGAGGCCGAGGGAUGGAGCAAUGUCAUGGACUGGUUGGGCACAAAGGAAUGGUGGGAGGAAGCAGCCAGGGAACCAGGAAGGGAAGACAUCUCAGAGCCCAAUGAGUGGAGGUGGAACAAGGAUGAGUGGUCAGAGGGGGGAGCCUGGGAAGAGGAGGUGUCAGAAGCUGAAGGGGUAACACGGCUUAGUGAGCUGGGAGACUCUGUGGCAGAAUGCAGUGCAGAAUCAGAGGCAGAAGAGGAAGGAGGCGAGUGGGAGAGGAAGAUCGAGAGGCAGAGGUGAGUCAGGAGAAGGGGGAGCCACCGGGGGCUCCCUCUCCUUCUGCCAGAAUCCACCCUCCCUGCUUGCCUCUCAGAGCCAAGAGAGGUCUAACAUGGAGGAGUAAAGGCAGGCUGCACACUGGCGCACUGUUCAAUCGCUUGCCAGAAACCCCAGAGAGGAGGGGACUUGGAAAGCUGUGGGGAGCCGGGGGCCUUCACUCUCAGCAACUGCUUUUGUGGAGGAAGACGCUCAGGGAAUGAGCUGCUGUUCUCAUGAGGCCUGAAACUCAGCCAAGUCUGUGAAUAUCAUGUUCUUGCUAAUAAAGAGUAAACUCCAGCUGUGUACUGUGGGAUUUCCCUCCCAUAUAACUCUGUGACUCCAGCCUUCUGAAUGUUUCCAGUAGGAUUCAUCUGUAGUUGCAGUUUCCAUGGAAUCCUAGAGUUGAAAGGGACCCCAAGGGUCAUCAAGUCCAACCCCCUGCAUUGCAGGAGUCUCAGCUAGAUCAUCCAAGACAGAUGGCCAUCCAGACUAGGCUUCUUUUAUUUCUAUAUUCAUCCCUGAAUGCUAAAAUAGGCUUCUAAGCAGUGGACAGACGAGAACAAAUAGUGGCCAAGAUUCACCUAGCCAGCCCUAUCCGCUGCAAAAUGGGGCCUGCCCCCCAUUCCUCCCCCUCUCCAUGCCCCCAUGAACCCCUUGAAUUUGGCUCUAGGGCACUGGGAGGGAACCUUCCCAGAACAACUCACGAGGAGAGGAGAAAGUGGAUCCUUCCAUCGGGGAAACUGGGAUGCUUGCGUAGGCAGAAUAGCGUGGAAAACAUGAGCUGGAGUUCCACCUAUUUGCACAAAGAUGAAUACCCAUAGUUAAAAUACAGAAUAAAAGAAUUCAAUUAAAGCGUUAAAAUAGGUACCCAUAAUUAAAAUGUGCAGCAAAGCAAUCCUAUUGAAAUAACACAGCAUAAUAAGAGGAAUAACAAGAAGGAAAGAACAGAGCAUUGUGUAGCAGAUCAUAUUUCUGUUGUCUCAGAGGAGGAAAUUUCCCUUUUUUCUUUUAGGGUCCAGUGUGCUUUGAAGAUGUCGCUCUUCAUUUCACGGACGAGGAGUGGGCGUUGUUGGAUCCUGACCAGAGAGCUCUGCAUAAGGACGUAAUGGAGGAGAAUUGGGGAAUCGUGGCCUCUCUUGGUAAGCCUCCGUGUGGGAUCGUCCUAUCUGCCAGGAAAUUCAAGAAAUACCUCUAUGUGACCAACCUCAUAUAUUUUCACAGCACCCCCUAUAACACCUGGGAACCUAACACCCCCACAAGAAAAAGUAAAUUACAGUUUUUUACGUCAUCAAUCUUCCUCCAUUUCUGCCUCCUUCUACCACAGUUGGGCUGGUCUGAACUGCCCAGGCAUCUUAAAUGUCAGCUUCAGAGUUGUUGGGAAAGAUAAGUAGCUUCUGUCAGGAUUUCUGUUUUUGUUUUUGCUGCUGUCAGUCUUGGGUUGACCAAAGAGAGAAAUGACACUGGAGAUGGAGGGGAUGCCUGUUGGGAUACUGCCAGGGAGAAAGUCCAUCAUGGCCCCCCACGUCAUCUCCGGACGUCCAUUGAUCUCCCGUAGACACGCAGUAUCAGCAAUUAGCGACACGAGCUUCCAGAAAUAGCUUGCCACAUUCCAGAGCUCAUGCACGCUCUAUCAGCAGAUAAUGCACAGCGAAAGAUGCACGCAGGAGAGCAUUAUUAACAAGUUUAUUCAGCGUUGAGCAGAACAAAGAAAACAUGACUGCCAGCUUCAGUGUCUCUGGCACAGAGAGAAACGAAAGCAUAGACACAACAUAAACUUCCUGUGAACAGGAAAUACGCAGACUCUGUGACUCACAAAGCCUGCUCCCUUUUAAGGUGGAACGGAAAUAUCCUAACAUCCUCCCCAUUUCCGUGUAACCUGUAGUACCUGUGGUUCAACCCAAUUGCAACUUAUGUACAUAAACCUUAAGUUGUUCUCUGUUUACAACCUUAGACAACAGAUCAGCAGGAAUUUCAUUUCCUGCCAUGUAGGACACCUGAAUGAGUCCUUUCUGAAUACACUCUCUUACACGAUGUAGCUUAAUCUGCAAGUACUUGGUUCUUUGCUUGCAACUCUCUGAGUUCAGCAAAGCCAAACAGGAUCUAUUGUCUUGAUACACUUGUAUAGGACAUUUCACAAAAACUCUGAUGUCCUUAAACAGUUGCAUCAACCAUUCACAAUCCAUGAGUGAAAAUGACAGAGCAUUGAGUUCUGCUUCACAGGAACUUAGAAUCAUAGAAUCAUAGAAUCAUAGAGUUGGAAGAGACCACAAGGGCCAUCGAGUCCAACCCCCUGCCAAGCAGGAAACACCAUCAGAGCACUCCUGACGUAUGGUUGUCAAGCCUCUGCUUAAAGACCUCCAAAGAAGGAGACUCCACCACACUCCUUGGCAGCAAAUUCCACUGUCGAACAGCUCUUACUGUCAGGAAGUUCUUCCUAAUGUUUAGGUGGAAUCUUCUUUCUUGUAGUUUGGAUCCAUUGCUCCGUGUCCGCUUCUCUGGAGCAGCAGAAAACAACCUUUCUUCCUCCUCUAUGUGACAUCCUUUUAUGAUCCUUAGGCUCACUGUCCUUAGGCUCACUGUCGUCUGCUUCUUGCACAGCCAGUCAAACAGACAGUGGUUGUACAUGUAGCAUACUCCAGAAGUGCUUGUACCAUCUGUGGUGUCACUUCCAAAACUUGCAUCUGCAAAGAUUUCAAGACCUCCAGUCUUCUGACUGGUGAACCUCAGCCUGUAGUGCAAAGUCCCUUUCAAAUAGCGGGCUAUGCGCUUCAGAGCUUUCCAAUCCUGAACAGUUGGAUUGUUGGCAUGUCUGCUAAGCAGGUUACAGCUUACAGCUAUGUCAGGUCUUGAGCAUCUAGCAAUGAAAUUCAACUUGCCUAGAAUGCAUCUGUACAGCGUUGUGUCAGAAAAUGCUUCAGCAGUACUAUCUACCUGGUAACCUGUCACCAUCGGUGUGUCUGCUGGGUUUGCAUCAACCAAAUUCAACCUGGUUAAUACAUCAGCAAUUUUCUGUGUUUGGUGUACCAGAAAAUUACCUGCUUGGUCCCUCUCCACCUGCAGAGAAAGAUAGUUGGAUACCUCACCAAGAUCCUUCAUGUCAAAGUGCUCCUUCAGCUGAGCUAGGGUGCUUUGGUACAAAGCCUGAUUCUUCCAAAACAUCAGAAGAUCAUCAACAAAACAUAAACAAUACAGUUUGUUUUGCCCCUCCUCCUUGACAAACACACAUGGAUCAGCUUUGCCCUGGUGAAAACCUAGAGAAAGCAAUGUCUCAGUGAGCUUUGUGUUCCAACACCUGGCACUCUGCUUGAGACCAUAUAAGGAUUUCCGCAGUUUACAGACCAUUCCCUUCUGUAUCUGCAUUCCAUCAGGUGGAAGCAUAUACGGCUCCUCCCCCAAAAUCCCGUACAAAAAAAUCUGUAUUAAUGUCAUGAUGGGAAACAUGCAGUUUCUCCUCUGCAGCAAUCUUGAGCAUCAGCCGAAUGCUCUCAUACUUGAUGGUGGGUGAGUAGGUCUCGUGGUAAUCCUGUCCAGGUACCUGUGAAAAACCUCUGGCAACCAAUCUGGCUUUGUGUCUGACAACCUUGCCAUUCCGGUCUGUCUUGGCCUUGAAGACCCAUUUGCUGCCAACCAGUCUCAUUCCUGGGACUACUGGUACCAGCUUCCAAGUUUGGUUCCUAUUCAAGGAAUCAACUUCAGCCUUCAUGGCAUUAAGCCAAGGCUCAGCAUCUUUAGAGGUUAACUCCUGAACCUCUUUGAAGCUUGAAGGUUCCCAUACCUUCUCUGAGCUACUAAGAACAGCAGUUGCCGUCUUAGCAAACUCAUCAGCAAAUCUCUUUGGAGGUCUGCCUUUGGUCGCCCUUUCAGAUCUGCGUACUAGACGCAAGUCUUCUGGACUCAUCUCCUCCUUCUUAGGAGAAAAGUGACCAAUGGUGAACAGUGGUUCUUCCAGUUCAUUGUCAGACGCAUCAGAUGGUCUGACUGAGGCCUUUGCGCUCUUGUAGUCUGCUGUGUCAUCACUGUCGCUGACAUCAGCAGCAGUGCCGCCCACUGAACUGGAAUCCGAACUCUGAUCAUCAUCAGCUUCCUCAGCUUCCUCAACAUUAUCUGCUUUUUUCACAUCAUCUUCAUCUUCCUCUGGAUAACUCUGGAAAAUUCCCACAUUUCCCCCCCACUUAGGAUUGUACUCAACACUCUUUGUGAACUUAAUGGACUUAGAGUCAGUCAUCCAUACCCUGUAGGCACCUUUUUCGUACCCCAUGAACAAACCAUGUGCCCCACGCUUCCCAAGCUUGUUGCUCUGUGGGGUGUGUACCCACAUGUCAGAACCAAAGAUUCUCAUGUGCUUGACGUUGGGUUUCUUACCAAACAUCUUCUCAUAGGGGGUACAACCAAUAGGUGAUGACAGUCUCCUGUUAAAAAUGUAAACAAAAGUCGACAGAGCCUCCCCCCAAUACUUAUCAGGGAGAUUGGCAUUAUGCAACAAGGUUUUUAGGCCUUGAAGCAACGUUUGAUUUGCUCGCUCCGCAAGUCCAUUCAUCCAUGGCGAUCAAGGCGUUGACAAGUCAUGCUGGAUUCCCUUCUCAGUCAGGAAAGCUUCAAACUGCUGAGAAGUGAACUCCCCGCCCCGAUCAGUAAAGAGACAGCCGAUACGUUUACUGUGAACAUUCUCCAACCAAGCACAGAAUGCCUUGAACUUAGGAAACGCUUGCUACUUCUGCUCAAGCAUAAACACAUGAAUGUACCUGGAAAAAGAAUCAAUUAGAACCAUGAAGUACCUUGCUCCACCCAAAGAGGGCGCAGGUGGACCAACCAGGUCUGCGUGGAGUAGCUGGUAGGGUUUGGAAGCCUGCCUGCUAGACUCCUUGCCUUUUGGAGCAACCUUCACCUUGUUCUCUGCACAAGAUACACAUUUCAUGUGAAACUUACAGGGUUUGAUGUUCAAACCCUCAACCAAUCCUGGCAUCUUGGCCAGCGCCUGCCAAGACAUGUGACAAAAUCUUCGAUGUGCAUCAUGAAUGCAUCCUGCACGAAGAACUUUGUUAGUUUGUGCAACACAACAAGAAUCAACAUUAGACACAACAGCGCCAUUGUCAUCAUAAGUUAUACAGAACAAACCAUCUAUAAACUUUGCAUGCAAAAUGUCCUCUUUGCCUUUCCUGAUGACACAGACGCUCCUCUUGAAGGAAAUCUCAAAACCACGCCCAGUCAGCUGUGGGACACUGAGCAAAUUGUCUGCAGCACCUGGAACAUAAAGUACACCUUUGAUGGUUGUGUGCAGACUUGCCAGUCUCACAGUCCCUUCUCCUGCGAUUCGCAACGUCUUUCCGUCUGCCAGGUGGAUCUCACCAUCUUGACGUUUGAAGGAGAUAAAGAUAUGCCGGUCUUUUGCCAAAUGGCAGGUGCAUCCAGAAUCUACAAUAAAUCUGGUCUUGGCCUUUGGAGCAGUUUUUCUGGCAAGCAAAACCUGGUUUUCCACCGGCAUGGGCUUUUGCUGCUUGCCCCCCUGCUCCUGGCCAUCAAACUUGCCUUUAGCCUUUGGUGAAUCUGUGCCAGCAAACAAAGCCUUGUUUUCCACUGGCAUGGGCUCUUCACCCCCCUUCUGCUUCGGGCCAUCUGCAGGCAACUGUCUCUGUUUACUUCCUGCCUUCUGGUAUCUGUGAGGAUGACCUUGGCUCCCAUGAGAAACAGAGCUCUCAGCUGCCGAUUCCUUGGCUCCCCCUGGAGGCUGGAAUGCUGCCUGGGAUGACAUCACAGUCAGCUCCCCCUGCAGCUUGCAACCAGUGCCCUCGGCAUCCCUGCAUUCACUCGCAUUCUGGGAAACAGCCAGGAUCUCCGAUGCAGUCAAACUCUGGGCUGGGAUGAUUGGCAGAUGGGCUACUUUCAAAGCAUUCCGCAUCUUACGUGCAGUGGUGUUGCCAGCCAACGUGGCAAUUUCCUCCAGAGAAACGGACAAGACUAUUACGUCUAUGGCCUUUGAAUUUUGGGCCCUCCAUCUAUCUUUCAGAGGAACUGGAGGGGCUUCAGACACAGUAUGCCACACUCCAAACUGACGCAGCAAACUUUCACACCAUUUUGCCCAGGUCUCAUAAUUGUGCCGAUUUAACUUUGGGCACUCAGCAGCUUCAGAAGCUUGUAAAAACUCCAUUUCAGCUAUUCACUUGAGCCGUGAGUCUUUUUCACUUCAGAGACUCCUUAUCUUGGCACCCAUAAAUCACGAAGCCUGCUUGGCUCGGCUCCAAGGCCAAUUAGGCCAGCCGGACAUCAAAGAGACUCUGCCGCGGCAAACAGAAAAGCCUGAUUUGCUUUCGCUUUUCCCACACAUACCUUCACAGUCUCUUUCGCAGUCUUACUCUCCUGUAAGUGCCGUGAAUCUGGGCCCGAAACCUUUUGUUGGGAUACUGCCAGGGAGACAAAGUCCAUCAUGGCCCCCACGUCAUCUCCGGACGUCCAUCGAUCUCCCGUAGACACGCAGUAUCAGCAAUUAGCGACAUGAGCUUCCAAAAAUAGCUUGCCACAUUCCAGAGCUCAUGCACGUUCUAUCUGCAGAUAAUGCACAGCGAAAGAUGCACGCAGGAGAGCAUUAUUAACAAGUUUAUUCAGCGUUGGUCAGAACAAAGAAAACAUGACUGCCAGCUUCAGUGUCUCAGCACAGAGAGAGAACGAAAGCAUGGACACAACAUAAACUUCCUGUGAACAGGAAAUACGCAGACUCUGUGACUCACAAAGCCUGCUCCCUUUUAAGGUGGAACGGAAAUAUCCUAACAUCGCCAUGCCUGGGCCAAACAACAUCUGCCCCAGAGAAGAGCCAGGCUGAUUGAAUCUCAGGUAGUACUAGCAGUGAGAAUAAUAGCAAGAAUAAUAAUUUUUAUUUAUACCCUGACCAUCUGGUUGGGUUGCGCCAGCCAAUCUGUGAAGCUUCCAGCACAUAUACAGUGGUACCUCUGGUUGCGAAUGGGAUCCGUUCCGGAGGUCCGGCCAGAUAAUGAGGUUUUCGCAACCCAAGGAUCACUGCGCAUGGAUUUGCUGCUUUCAUAAGCUGAUAUUUACGUAACCAGAGCAUUACGUAACCCGAGGUGCUACUGUAUAAACAUGAAACAGUAAUAAUAACAACAAUCUAAUCCAAUGAAAAAAAUACAAAAAUUUUACAAAAAGUACAAAAAUUUUAAAAUGUGUAACUUAUUUCAAACAAAGCAACAUUCAACCAACGAUUAGAAUCCAAUAAUAAAUACAUUGGUUUAUUACAAAUAACAAAGGUAAUGAACACUGCCUUCUCUACAACAAAUUUAAUGAGCAUUAUUCCCUAACUGGGGGCUCCAUUUGUUCCUGAGGCUCUAAUCCCUUUUUCUCUCCAUUGCAGAUUGUGAUGAAUUGGAAAUCAAGAACAAAGGUGACCACAACACAAUCUGCAGAGUGGAGAAGGCACGUAAAAAUUUGGAAUGUGGAAAGAGCUGCAGUCAGAGCUCCCAUUCCAGUUCCCAUCAACGAAAUCUCAUUGGAAAGAAACCCUAUCGGUGCGUGGAUUGUGGAAAGAGCUUCAGUCAGAGCUCCGAUCUCACUUCCCAUCAAAGAAUUCAUACAGGGGAGAAACCCUAUCAGUGCAUUGAAUGUGGAAAGAGCUUCAGUAGCAGCUCCGAUCUCACUAAACAUCAAAGAAUUCAUAAAGGGGAGAAACCCUAUCAGUGCAUUGAAUGUGGAAAGAGCUUCAGUAGCAGCUCCGAUCUCACUAAACAUCAAAGAAUUCAUAAAGGGGAGAAACCCUAUCAGUGUGUGGAAUGUGGAAAGAGCUUCAGUCAGAGCUCCAAUCUCACUUCCCAUCAAAGAAUUCAUACAGGGGAGAAACCCUAUCAGUGUGUGGAAUGUGGAAAGAGCUUCAGUCACAGCCACAGUCUCACUUCCCAUCAAAGAAUUCAUACAGGGGAGAAACCCUAUCAGUGUGUGGAAUGUGGAAAGAGCUUCAGUCAGAGCUCCCAUCUCACUUCCCAUCAAAGAAUUCAUACAGGGGAGAAACCCUAUCAGUGUGUGGAAUGUGGAAAGAGCUUCAGCAUGAGCACAGAUCUCACUAGGCAUCAGAGAAUUCAUACAGGGGAGAAACCCUAUCAGUGCAUGGAAUGUGGAAAGGACUUCAGUAGAAUCUCUGAUUUCACUUCUCAUCAAAGAAUUCAUACAGGGGUGAAACCCUAUCAGUGUGUGGAAUGUGGAAAGAGCUUCAGUAGAAGCUCUGAUCUCACUAAACAUCAAAGAAUUCAUACAGGGGAGAAACCCUAUCAGUGUGUGGAAUGUGGAAAAAGCUUCAACUACAGCUCCUCUCUCACUUCCCAUCAAAGAAUUCACACAGGGGAGAAACCCUAUCAGUGCAUUGAAUGUGGAAAGAGCUUCAGUAGCAGCUUCGAUCUCCCUAAACAUCAAAGAAUUCAUACAGGGGAGAAACCCUAUCAGUGCAUGGAAUGUGGGAAGAUCUUCAGUCAGAGCUCCAAUCUCACUUCCCAUCAAAGAAUUCAUACAGGGGAGAAACCUUAUCAGUGUGCGGAAUGUGGAAAGAGCUUCAAUCAGAGGUCCUCUCUCACUUCCCAUCAAAGAAUUCAUACAGGGGAGAAACCCUAUCAGUGCGUGGAAUGUGGAAAAUGUUUCAGCCAGAGAGUCCAUCUGAAUAUCCAUCAAAGAAUUCAUACAGGGGAGAAUCACGAAAUUGUAGAAUUUUCGAGCUUACAGUGAUCCCUGGUGCAAUCUAUUCCACCCAUGUGAUGCAGGAAUAGCAAGUAAAGUAUCCAUGACACAUGACCAUCCAACUGCAUUUGAAAACCUCAAAGAAUGGAAAUUCCAGCCAUCCCAAGGGAGUCCAAUCCACUAACAGCUCUUGCUGUCAAAAAGUUAUUCUGCAUGUUUAGUCAGUCUUUUUUUAAAAAAAAUAAAACUUGAAGGCAUUGGUUUGUGUCCUACCCUGUGGAGCAGGCGUCCUAUUGGGAAGACCCAGUUCUCUGAGUGCAUGUUCUGGAAGUUGGGCAAUAGGGGCAUGUAAUGGUUCUAGGGGUUGCUCGUGCGUAAGCCGAUACAAACACCUGGCUGGAUUGCCUGAGUGAACCUUUUCUGUCCGGACAGCCACUCACCCGUGGCUGUCUCAAUCGCUGGCAGAAUCCGUCAGUGGGCGUUUCUUAAACUUCUUCCAGCAAAGAAGCUCUUUGACGCCUAGUCUCCUCCUACUCUCUCUGCGCGGAAGCCUUCUGCGCAAGGAGGGCGUAGGUAGCGGAGGAACUCUACUCUCCCUGCUGGUCCCCGGCAAGGAGUCAUGGGACCUCCUCGCCACUUCCCCCAUCUGCCCCCCUUCUCCACUGGUGCUAUGCUGAUUCUCUUCCCCAGAAGAUGGGCUGCCUCUCCCAAUCCCGGGACGCUCUCUGGAAUCCCUCUGGAUUUUGCUCUCUCCCUCCGGCACUGAUGGCAGUUCCCUGACAUCCACCUCCUCCACAGGACCCCCACCCCUGGCUCGAUUUUCCAGUACAACCUCCUCUCUCUCCUCGGUCGACAAUGCGGGAAUCCCCUGAAGGAACUGUCAUCAUCUUCUGAGGAUUCAAAACCAGCCUCCCAUCCGCUCGGACUUCUCCGCGCUGGUUGAACCUCCCAGUCUGAUCCUUCUCCCUCGGACACCUCCCCUCCCUCCUCUUCGGAGUCAGGGAAACCCACAAAGUCCCCUUCAUCGUCUGUGGGUCCAAAUUCUUCCUCCCAGAAUCUAGCUAAUGGUUUGGGCUUCUCCGGGAACAAACCGUGGAAUUCUUCCACCAGAUACCCGUCAGUGAACGAUUCAGCCGGGACCCAAGUGUUUUCCGACCUGGCUACCAGGCUACCAAGUACUCUACCUGGCGACCUCGCCACCUUGAAUCGAGUAUUUCCAUGGCUUCGUUACAGUGUUCCCUCUCCUCUACCCGCGGGUGGGUGGUAACCCCUCCCUCCCGUCCUGGGAAUUCCCGCCCCUCCCUGUAAGGUGAAAGUAGGGACCUAUGUAACACCGGAUGUAUCUUCAUGCUGUCAGGCAACUUGAGUUUAAAUGCCACGGGGUUAACCUGCUGUAUUACCUCAAACGGCCCCAGCCGCCUAGGCUGCAACUUAUUGCACCCUCCCUUUAGGGGCAACCCUUGGGACGACAACCACACCCUGUCCCCCACCCUGAUGGCCUCCCCUCCCGACGGUGCCUGUCUGCCUGCCUCUUGUAGACUUCCUUGGCCCGCUCCAAGUUCAGCCUGAGUUGCUGGUGUAAGGCCUCCAUUUCCUCCACAAAUUGCUCAGCCACAGGUACACUCCAUCCUUCCUCCCCCCGCCCCGGGAAGGCCCUAGGGUGACACCCGUAAUUGGCCAUGAAAGGGCUCAUUCCCGUGGACACGUGUUCAGCGUUAUUGUACGCAAAUUCAGCCAAAGCUAAUUUCUCUACCCAAUCGUUCUGCCUCUCGCUGACAUAGCAGCGUAGAUACUGCUGGAGUAUGCCGUUCGCUCUCUCGGCUUGUCCAUUGAUUUCUGGAUGCCUCGCCGUCGAGAAGCUCACCUCGACCUGUAGCAAGCUCAUGAGUCUCCGCCAGAACCGGGAAGUAAAUUGUUUCCCGCGAUCUGAGAUUACCCUCAAUGGAGUCCCAUGCAGUCUAAAAAUGUGAUCCACAAACAGCUUGGCUGUCUCCUCUGCCGUUGCUGCAUGUGAGCAAGCUACGAAAUGGCACAUUUUGGUCAGUAGAUCGACCACUACCAUGACCGCUGUCUUUCCCCUUGAUUUGGGCAGAUCUGUCAUAAAAUCGAUGGACACCACCUCCCAGGGCCUUUCCGGUGUGGGUAAGGGUUCCAGUAACCCCGCGGAGGCAGCCCUUUCCCCUUAGCCCUCUUGCUUCGGUCGCACCCUCGUACAUAUUCUCUUACGUCUUCCCUCACCUUUGGCCACCAGAACUGCCUGGUGACAAGUAGCAUGGUCUUGUGCUGUCCAAAGUGCCCAGCUGUUGGGUUGUCGUGGCGUUGUUUAAGUACCUUCCCCUCACAGUCUCCCCCGGUACAUACAGCGCCCCCUUAUAGUACAACAGCCCUUCCUUUUCCUCGAACCCUCCAUUGACUUCCUUUCCGUCCCUGAGUUCCCUGAUUUUUGUCUGAGCAAACUCAUCGUCUCUGGUGAGCCCUGCCAGUUCUCGUUUCCCAACCAACGCUCCCCCCCCCCCACACCGGUCCUCGGGGAACACGUGCCUGGUCUCUGGUGGCCCCUCUCCUUCCAUGUACUCCGGUUUCCGGAGAGAUCAUCUGCCCUUACGUUUUCCUCUCCCGGCACGUAUCGGAUCUCGAAGGAAAACUUGGCGGACUCCUGGGACCAUCUGAUCUGCCCCUAUCAACGGAUGUCUCCAUUGCCGAAAUGCCGCAUAGAUGGCAAGCAGUUCUCGGUCAUACACUCUGUAGUUUUGUUCUGACUUGCUCAGCUUCCUCGAGAAAAAGGCACACGGCAUCCAGUUCUGCUUGGCCCCGGGCUGCAAAAGGACCGCUCCAAUGGCACGGUCGGACGCGUCUGUCUCCAGUCUCAUGGGCUUCUCCAGAUCCACGUGCAGGAGCUGCUCUUCCGAGGCAAACGCCCUCUUCAGUUUUUCAAAGGAUUGCUGCGCUCCCUCUGUCCACGCAAACUUCUUUUUGCUACUAAGACAAUCCGUUAUGGGUGCUGUCAAGUGAGCGAAGUUCCUUAUGAACUUCCUAUAGAAGUUGCUGAAGCCUAGGAACCUUUGCACAUCCUUUCUGUUUCUGGGGGCUUUCCAUUCCAGCACUGCCUUCACCUUGCCCGGAUCCAUGGCUAGUCCCUUGUCUGACAGCCUGUAUCCCAGGAACUCCACCUCCCUGGCGUGGAAUUGGCAUUUUUCCAGCUUGACCCACAACUGAUGCUUCAAUCUCUGUAGCACCUCCCUGACGUCUCUGACGUGUUGCUUUUCAUUGUCCGAAUAGAUUAAGACGUCAUCCAAAAAGGCUACGCAAUUCUUGUACAGCAGGGGCCCCAGCACAUGGUGCAUGAAGGCUUGAAAGCAGGCGGAGCCCGAUUGUAAUCCAAAGGGCAUAACUAAGUACUCAAAAGCCCCCAGGGGGGUGAACAUGGUCGUUUUCCAUUCGUCCCCCUCCCUUAUCCUAAUCAGAUUGUAUGCUCCCCUGAGGUCCAGCUUGGUGAAAAUCUUCCCCUGCCUCACACGUGUCAAAAUAUCGUCAAUCCUGGGCAUUGGGAAGGUCAUGGGUUCUGACACCAGGUUUAGGGCCCUGUAAUCCACGACUAAUCUGGGCUGAUUAGUCUCUUUUUUGUCCACAAAGAACACUGGACUGCCUCCCACCGCCUUUGAUUCCCUUAUGAAACCUCUCUUCAGGUUCUUGUCAAUAAACUGCUGCAACUCCUGCAUCUCCCAGUCGGACAUGGCAUACAGCUUACCCACCGGUAACUGAGCCCCUGGAAGCAGGUUGAUUUGGCAGUCAAAUGGCCUGUGGGGGGCAGUCUGUCUGCCUCCCUCUCGCUGAAGACCUCCUUCAAAUCAGCAUAUUGUGUUGGCACCUCCCUCUUUUGCUCCAGGGCCACCCCAGCCACCCUGGCUACAGUCCUUCUUUGUUCCUUCCCUCCCAGACAGUGUUCUAAGCAGUAAGCUGACCCAAAGGUGACCGACCGCUGAUGCCAUGACACCACUGGGUCAUGUAUUGCCAGCCAGCUCAGUAUUAUCGGGGUCCUGCCAGCUUGGCCACGUGAAAGGCAAUGGUCUCCGUGUGUCUGGAGACACGCAUUCGCAUUGGCAGUGUCUGGUGUGUCACUUCCCCUCCCAGGAGUUCCCUGCCAUCGAUGGUGGUCACCUGCAAAGGAAAAUCUAGUGGCAACAGGUGGAGCUGGUGCUCCAGUGCGAAGUCUCUGCUGAAGAAAUUACACGAGCUGCCAGAAUCUAGCAGCCCCUCCACUUUGACUGAGUGCCCAUUUGGGAGUUCUAGUACCACCUCUAUGGCUAAAGCUGCCUUGGGGGGGGUCAGGCUGGGGCACUUCUAUUGGUUGCUGGCCUGGCUGCUGCCCCUGCAGGUUGGCAGCCAGGCGUUGUCGUUUCCCUGCACCUGCUCUUCCUCCCCCUUAUCGUCGUGGCCUGCAGCCCCCAUCAUGCCUUGCCAGGCUUUUCGUUGAGGGCAGACCUUUGCAAAAUGUCCCGGCCUCUGAAAGAGGAAACACUUCUUGGUAGUUUUCCACUCCUUUUUCCGACCUUGCCCAGCAUUUGAAACUUCGCGCGCGCGCGCUCCAUCAAUUUCCAUCGGCUCCGCCGCCUGGGAAGGCUCACUCGGCAUCUCCGGAAUGCGGUUGUCAUGGAAACGCUCCGCCCUUAUCUCCCGCUUUUCCUGAGCCUACGCUUCCUGGCGUACACCAAUCGCAAGCACAACCUUUGUGAGUUCAUCCAUCGACCGCGGGCGGGGCGCUCGGGACAACUCGUCUUUCACUCCGGGGCCAGACCCGCUUCAAACAACAUUUGUACUGGUUCAGAGUCCAGAUUCCACCCGAGCUUGUGGACUAGCAUCGCAAAACGCGACCAGUAGUUUCUGACGGUCAGGCUACCCUGCUUGCACCCCAUCAGCUCCCUCCAUGUCACGCUUUGCUCAAUCUCACUGGAGAACAUCGCGUCCAUCGCGAGGUAGAAUUUCUUAAGAUCUUUCAAAGCGUCAUUCCCCGAUGCCAUCAAGGGCCUGAUCCAUUCAUGCGCCCCAUCCUGCAGAUGUCCAAUAAUGUAAGCCACCCUCUCCCCGUCAUCCGCAAAGUCAUUUUUCUGCAAUUCCAGAGCAUACUGGAUUUCCGUCCGGAAGGCAUUGUAGUCUUGGGGCGUUCCCCCAAACUUGUGUACCAGCCCAGGGACCUUCCUCCCUAUCGGGGUGGCUCUAACCUGUGCAUCCUGAGCCCGUUUCUCCUCUAGCCGCGCAGACAGGGUAGCGACAUGCGCCUCCAGGUCUCGGUUCCUCUCGACCAGACCUCGCACCAUGGCUUCUUGCUCUGUCCCUCCGGCCGGCUCUGUUUGGCUCAUCAUGCUGCCUCUCCGGUGCUGCGCACAAGCAACGUCAGGGACUGACGGAUUGCUGUAAUGGUUCUAGGGGUUGCUCGUGCGUAAGCCGGUGCAAACACCUGGCUGGAUUGCCUGAGUGAACCUUUUCUGUCCGGACAGCCACUCACCAGUGGCUGUCUCAAUCGCUGGCAGAAUCUGUCAGUGGGCAUUUCUUAAACUUCUUCCAGCAAAGAAGCUCUUUGACGCCUAAUCUCCUCCUACUCUCUCUGCGCGGAAGCCUUCUGCGCAAGGAGGGCAUAGGCAGCGGAGGACCUCUAAUCUCCUCCUACUCUGCGCGGAAGCCUUCUGCGAAAGGAGGGCGUAGGCAGCGGAGGACCUCUACUCUAACCGCUGGUCCUCGGCAAGGAGUCAUGGGACCGCCUCGCCGCUUCCCCCAUCUGCCCCCCUUCUCCACUGGUGCUAUGCUGAUUCUCUUCCCCAGAAGAUGGGCUGCCUCUCCCAAUCCCGGGACACUCUCCGGAAUCCCUCUGGAUUUUGCUCUCUCCCUCCAGCACUGAUGGCAGUUCCCUGACAGGGCAGUACAGGAUUCCUUUUGGUGUACCCACUCUCUCCCCACUGCACCAAGGAUUCCCUGCCCGAGCUACUCCAGAUCGUGGCGGACGUUCUCCUGGAGACACCUAGUUUGGUUGUCCUAGGGGAUUUUAACAUCCACACCGACACGACCUUACAAGGGGCCGCUUGGGACUUCAUGGAAAGCAUGGCCUCCAUGGGGCUGUCCCUGAAUAUGUUUAGCCCAACUCAUAGUCACGGACAUGCCUUAGACCUGGUGUUCACCUUUAUGGAUGUUGGUGAUCUGACACUAAGUAAAAGCGAAACUAAAGAAGUGCCAUGGUCAGAUCACUUCCUGGUGCAACUGGACUUUUCCGUGAACCUUCCCCUCUGCAGGGAGGUGGGACCGAUUCAGAUGGUCCGCCCCUUAAUGGAUCCAAAUGGAUUCCAGAGAGUGGUAGGGAUGUUUCAUCCCAUAUUGAUGGCCUUUCAGCUGAUUCCUGGUGGCCCGCUGAAAUGUGGAGUUAACCAGGGCUAUUGACUGUUUGGCUCCGAAGCGCGCUCUCCGAUUGCAUGGAGCCCGGACAGCCCCAUGGUUUUCCACGGAUCAGAGGGCAAUGAAACAAUCGCUGAGACGGCUAGAGCGCCGGUGGCGGAUAACCCAUUCUGAAUCUGAGCGGACACGGGCUAGAGCUCAAUGUCGAGCCUACCAAGUGCUGAUAGUGACGGCAAAGAAGACUUUCUUCACUGCCUCUAUUACAUCUGUGGAAAACAGCAGCAGGAGACACUUUCAGGUGGUUCGCAAUUUAGCAGAACCACCUGCUCCAUUAGGGCCCAGUAGCCCAGUACAGGCCACAUGAUCUCCUGCAAUGAUUUUGCAAAGUUUUUUGCAGACAAAGUCGCUCCAGUGCGAGAAGACGUAGACUCCACCGUGGAAGCAGGGCGCGAGAGUGCUAGAGUCCUGUCUAGUCAAGUUGUGUGAGAUCAAUUCCAAUCUGUAACCCCCGAGGAUGUGGACAGGCUGCUUGGACGAGUGAAACCAACCACUUGUCUCCUUGAUCCUUGUCCAUCCUGGCUUAUCAAAGCUGGCCGGGAAGGACUGAGCGAUGGGCUUCGUGGGGUGGUGAAUGCUUCCCUCCGUGAGGGAGCUUUCCCAGACCCAUAUUUAGAUACGGCCACGAUGGCCAAGUAUGGCCCAGUCUCAAAUCUUCCAUUCUUGGGCAAGGUGAUUGAGCGAGUGGUUGCUGAACAACUCCAGGCAUGCCUGGAGGAAGCGUCUUGA